UUAUGGAUCAUUUUAGAUACAUUACAAUGGAAAAAUUAAAAUGGACAACGCCAAUUAAAAAUGGAAACGAAUACGAAAAUUUAACAAUUAAAAGCCCUGUUAUAUAUAAAACUCCUGUAAAACAAUGUGAAACAAAUUCAAAGCGUACAACAUAUCAAAGUAAUAUUAAUUCUUUUAGUGUUCUUCCAAAUCACAUUACACCGCCCUCAGGUUUAACAAAGUUUAUGGCAAGGAAUCCAUUUGAGACUGAUUUAACUAGUAGAUUACAUUUAUCUGUAAUUAGUCCAACUGUAUUUAGUAAGGUUUCAAGUCCAUCUCAACAAUCUUCAAACUUUGAAUGGAGUGUAGAUGAGCUAGCUUUAAUACAACCAGCAAAAAUAGAAGAGUUUCCAAUACAACAGAUACAUUGUAUUGACACAGAGACUGAAAUAAAAGCUCAAGCAGCUAUUGAUCAAUUUUUUAAUGAAAAUGAAAUAAUUCCAAGUCCAUGGGAAACAAAGAGAAAAGAAAUUAGGACAAAAAUUGAAGUGAAUACCCCUGUAAGGUCUUCUCCUGAUUUGAAUUUGGACUCUUCUAACUCAAAAAAAGAUGGUUGGAGUCAAACAAUGUUAACAUUUGCACCUGAAUUGCCAUCUCAUGUCAUGGAAAUUUUAAAACCUUAUUUUACAUUCGUUCAAAAUCAAAACAUUGAAAGUGAUGAUGCAAAUUCAAGUAAUAAUUCUUUAAGACGAAAAUUAUUCUUCAAUCAUGAAGAUUGUGUAGAUAAUGAUGAAUCUUCUAUCUGUGUAUCACCAGUAAAAAUGAAUGGAUCUUUAGUGUUAUCUUCCAGUCCUCCACAAAGUGGAAUGUUAAUUCAUGGUGCUCCUUUGAAAUAUUCAUCAAACGAAGAUUGUCAUUAUGAUAUAUCACAAAUUAAUACAGAAAAUUUAUCUCCUCCUAACAUAUCUCCUAUACAUAAUGCAAUAAUUCACAUGUCGGGCGAAAAUGUAAGAUCUCAUUCAACUACUCAAUUAAACUUUACUAUGAAUAUGAGCAUAGAUGAACCUAAUAAUCAACAUAAAGAAUUAUUAGAUCAUUCUUUAGAUAAAUCCAUUAAUAAGAAAAAUGUAGGAAGAAAAGUCGAGUUUUUAAAUGUACAUAAUAAUUCUACAUGUGAUACUCGCAUAGAAAAAAAAAUCUUAGCAAAGAAUUCAAUUUAUAAUGUUGAGCACAAUUGCGAUAAUAAAACUUCAGAAUUCAAUUUUAAAUGUCAAAAUACUGACAAUACGCUUAAAUACGUGACCGAUUCGUGCAAAAUGAAUACGAAUGACAGUAUCUUUCAGCAAACAAAUGCGAUGUUAGCUACUUCUAAUCAGCAAAGUGUUUCAAACUCUGCGCAAGACACAGGUUAUCAAACUUAUAGUAUGAAUAAUACAACGAAUGUUACUGAUAGUUAUGAUAUUACUCCAAUUAAGCAAAAGCUUUGUUGGGGUGAUCAAAUUUUAAUAACUGACGAUGAAUUUCCUCUAUCUGAUUGGAAAGAAAAUAUGAAGAAUAUCUUUAGUUCUACUCCGUCACGAACGAAUAGAGAAAAGGAUAAUCAUGUAUUUUAGAUAAUUUUUUUUUAAACAUGAUAUAUAAUCUAUUUAAUUUUGAACAUAAAAUUAUAAUAAUUGCUUGGAAGCUUA